GCUAAUUCCAACACCCCAUAAUCAUAGUCAUAUCAAUCCUAUUCUCAACGACACCGCAAGAAUCGGCGAAGUUGAGAGCUGUUGCAGCCUCCAUGAUGGCAGGGUAUAUUCAGAUUGAGUUCCAUCCUUCUUGCAAGCAAAGCGCUAAUCAAUACAAACGAUAGAUGGCCCUGCCAAAUACUCCUCCACCAGACUAUCAAACGCCGCGCUUCCCGUCAUUGAACGUCCAGACUCUAUAUGACACCACUGCAGACAAACAAUUUACCCUCUACUAUGUCUUAGAUGUUUGGCGAUUUACUUUACUGUGGACGCUCAUUAUAUAUGCAUGCUUCCACAUGGGGGCAGUUCUGAUCGCCAUGUUUACCCACGGUUGGAAGAAGUCGUCUUGGAGAUAUCUAUGGGCAGUACCUGUCAUCUAUCUCGUUAUUGCUGGGCUUGAGGCUGUCAUGGCCGGGAGUAUUGUUGGCUUAGUGUUGGGAGCUGUUUACUCUGCUGGAUACUACGAGAUGAACACCUGGAUUCCUUGUACCUGGGGGUUCAUCAACGUAUUGGUACUCAUUAUUUCCUCUUUCUCAAUCCAAGGCGGACUUUGAGGAGGGACUACCAAUUACAAAAUACUCUAUCUUCGGCUGGAGACCAGCUUCGAUCCGUCGCAAACCACCGAUACCUUACUACGUCACGAAGGUGGCCAUUUUGCGCUUGAUUCUCUGCACAAGAAGGGCUACGUUCUAACUUUAGGGCAUAUGGAAAGGCCACCGAUUUCACACUACGUAUUUGUCUGAAGGCCAGCCCAAAGUAAGCUGCUUUGACUUCGAAUUGCGUUUUGUCGAGUGCGCACUUUGAGCAUUGGAACUAUGACCAUAUACCAUGUACAGGAGCAUUAACCGGUGGAAAUCUUCGGAAGAAGUACAGCUUAGGGCAUCGGUGCAUAGCUUUGUUUACAAUAUACCCAUUGUUGUUUCUAGAA